GAAGCCCCCCGAACACUCUCCACUCUCGCUCCACGAUGCCGAUGGUGCUGUCAUUGUGAACCAAAAUCCAUCUAUCCCUUUAGUUUGGUCAAGUAUUAUCCAUUCUAGUUUAGCAACAAGCAACAAACAAACAACCAUGACUGUCGGAACGCCCCAACCACAACCCACAUCGUCGCAAUUAUUGUCAGUGCCAUCAGACGACAAUAACAAGUUCUUGUCUCCCAUUCCGCGCAGCAACACGAGCAUCAUGUUGGCCACCACACCGAUUGAAGAAGCCGUCAAAUUGGAUGGACCCGAGUUUGAACAAGUCAUGAAAGAACGAGCACGGAUUCGAAGAGAAAAGGAAGACUCUCACAUUGCCGAAUUGCGCGUCAAAGUGGCGCGGCUAGAGGCAGCAUUGGCCGCGGAAACCAAACGUCGCGUCGAUGCCGUGCGCAAUUUGGAACAACAAGCCAAGGAAGAAAUCAAACAGUGGGAAGAUCGAUGUCGAAAGGAAAUUCAAGAACAACGAGAACUCGUUGAGGAGCGUGUGACAUUGUUGGAACAGCGAUUCAAUGAAUUGGAAGUUCGGUGGAAGCAAGAGUCGCAACAACAAGACCAGCAAAUCCACAAGAAGGGACACGAAUUCACGGCGGCUCUGGACGAACUGCGGAAAGAAGCAGAAACAGAGCGCAAACUGCGACUGGUGCGGGAAGGGCAGUUCUUGCAGCAAAUUGAAGCGCACGGAAAAGAUUACGAGGAUAUUUGGGACCGGGAACGGCAGGAACGCAUUGAAUGUGUUGGAGAACUCGUCAAUCAGCUAGAAUCCAACGAGGAAGCACGCCGAGUGGGACGAAAAUCGGUCGAGGCUCGACUAGAACAGGAACUGGCUCAAUUGCAGCAAGAACUGGAACAGGAAUCCGCGGAACGAAAGAGGAGCGACAAUGAAAUUGCGGUGAAAUUGGAUAAAUACACCAUCCAAUUCCAGCAGAGUUUGAAUAUUCUCAAUUCAGAUGAUCUGUUUGAUGUCUAAUUCAUUUGUCGAGGAAAAAAUAAGAGCGGAGAGGAAAUCUCACGAUAAUUUUGGCAACAAGAGGAGGAGUUGAUGGAUGAGAAGGGUUCAGCUGCUGCUAUUGAUAUCUUUUCCUUCAGUUCACAAGGGCUGAAUUUGUAGUACUGUAGCUGCUUUCGGAUUCAUUUAUAAAUCCUUUUUCUCAGAUUUCUUCCUAUAGAAAAUUCAAUUGUUAGCAGGAUAGAAUCUAGUAGGCGUACAUUGCUCCGGUAAGAAUUGGCUGAAGGGUGCGUGUAUCAGAGUGACAGAAGGGGCGUUGAUGCAACUUAAAGCAAAAUCGGGUGCUUAGGCUAACUAAGACUUGUUGGAAAUUGGGCGGUACAGUACUGAUCCGCACCGUACAUAUCACGAAAGGGCCGGCAGAUACGGAACUGAUGCCGAUACCACAGCUAGAACCUGACGCCGAGAUUGGGACGGUUUACGAUGUGUACGUUGAUCUGUUCUAGCUAGCAACCAAGUAGUUAGCCAGAGAUUGAAUGUCGAGGCUGCUCUGUGAGAAUAGAAUCCAUACGAAAAGAAUGGAUAUAUGCAAUGGUGAUAGGAAUCAGACAGGAGGCAGACCUUUGACCUUCAUGUAUGUACCGGUAUGUGUAGUCUAAGGCUCUGGCUAAUGGCUACUAGCUAGCUACCCUUGCAACAACCAACAUCCAACGGGGCAAAAGGGACCAAUUUGUGGUACCUCUGACCAUCGUCCAGUGCAACGCA